GGUGGUGCGAAGAUGUACGAGAAUCAAAUGCCGCUGGUGGUGCCAGCAAGCACAGCUGAACUCAUGGAAGUUUUGGAUGUGAGCUCGACUGCGGCAACGGGUACAGGGGAUCGGCAUGCGUUGCUUGUGGCCAAAAUUGUGGCUAUGGUGGUGCUAAUUGUGGUUACUGUGAUCUGCGGCAGUUUACCCUAUAUGCUGGAUCGCUGCCUGAAAUGGACCAAAAAGGAUCCCGAGGAGACGCGCGCUUCGACUGCGGUGCGCUGCCUGCUCUACUUUGGUGGUGGCGUUCUCUUCUGCACCACAUUUCUGCACAUGCUGCCGGAGGUGAUCGAAACGGUGGAGCUACUGCAGCAUUGUGGCAUAUUGGCCAACACGCCCUUUGCCCUGACCGAAAUGCUGAUGAGCACGGGAUUCUUUCUGAUGUACGCUCUGGAUGAGCUGAUGCAUGUGGUGAUGCAGCAUCAUCAGCAGAAGCUGAGCAGAAAGGAAUCGCUGGCCAGCCAAGCCUUCGUGCGUGGCCACAGCAUAAGGCAUAGUGUAUUGCUGACAGGACGCAAACCGGAGGAAAUGGAGCCUAUUACAGAGGAGCAUCAGCCAUGCGAUCACGGGCUGCCGGCAAAGAAUGGACAUGGUCACAGUCACAUGCCCGUGGACUCGGAUGGUUCCUCGAUGCGUGGAUUGGGCAUUAUCUUGGCCUUGUCCCUGCACGAGCUGUUCGAGGGCAUGGCCAUCGGCUUGGAGGGCACUGUGGCAACAGUGUGGUUUAUGUUUGGCGCCGUGGCUGCUCACAAGCUGGUUCUGGCCUUCUGUGUGGGCAUGGAGCUGCUGGUGGCUAGAACACGCGCCUACCUGGCCAUCAUCUAUCUCAUAACGUUCUCGAUUGUGACGCCAAUUGGCAUUGGUGUUGGCAUCGCCAUCAGCCAGCAGUCGAAUGGGAAUCAGACGAAUGUCCCUUCUGGCAUCUUGCAGGGCAUUGCCUCCGGCACGUUGCUCUAUGUGGUCUUCUUUGAGAUUCUCACCCAGAGUCAUGCGGGCUGGCGUGCCUACUUGGCUGCCCUGGCGGGCUUUGCUUUAAUGUUUGGACUGCAAAUACUUUCUGACGAAGCGGAAGGUGCUGAUAGCGACUCGUGUUACUAGAGAGGGCUCCAGAUUGACUGGAUGAUUAUU